UUAUAUAGCUGAUUCUUUACAGUAAAAACUAGAUAAGUAAAACAUAAAACAUGAUCAUACCAUUUUCUUACUUAAUCAACAACAUAUACAAGGGUUUAGAUCCUGCCAACUAACACCAAACCCAACAAAAUCAAUAUGGUAUCAAGCCAACAACUCCAUUUCAUCAACUCCAUUCGUAUCAAAAGCUUCUUCCAGCUAUAUAUAUGUGUGUGCCCAUAAGAUCGCUAUGUUCUCCAUCAGAAAACAUCAAGUCUCCUCACUUGUGCGCCAACAAAAAUUUGACAAACCCUAAUGGCUAAAGCUCUUGCAUUUAGCACCUCCGCCUUCUGUUUCCUCUUCAUAUCCCUUCUCUUUGGGUGUGCCUAUUCGGCAAGAUUUCUUGAUGAAAUAGAACAUCAACCACAAGUCAUAGCUGAUACACCUGACGAAGAAUCCAAUCUGGCAACACCACCUGUUACUACCAUCAGUACAUUUCCAAGUGGCCAAAUACCUACUACAACUGUGCCAACCGAUGAAACACAACCACCAGUUGAUGAUGUGGCAUCACCUAUUGAUGAUGUGACACCACCAAUCGCCGACGUGGCACCACCAAUUGAUGAUGUUGCAACGCCUAUAAGCAAUGGAUCACCGCUAACAAAUCCUACUAAUGUUGCUACUACCACUACUACUACCACCAAUAUGCUGCCAAGUACAUCACCUACGAUGACAAAUUCAGGUACGGAGGCAGGUCCUGUUGGACCACCACGAGACUCGACAUUGUCAUUCUUCAUGCAUGACAUCUUAGGUGCGUCCAACCCAUCGGCUAGGGUGGUCACUGGGAUCAUAGCAAACACUGAGAUCAAUGGCAUACCUUUCUCCAAGACCAACAACAAUUUUUUCCCCAUCAGUGGAGGAUCCCCACUUCUCAACCUCAACAACAUCAACAACCUCAUAAACCCAAACACUGCACCGUUACUCACGGGCUUAAAUGGCGGAAAACCCAACACUAUAGUACAAAAUGCUGGCAAUAACAACAUCUUCAAUAGUAACAACCAACCUUUUGUCACUGGUGGGCAACUCCCACCAGGACCCACCCUUCAACGGCUUAUGUUUGGAUCAAUCACCGUGUUCGAUGACGAGUUGACAGAAGGACAUGAACUAGGAUCAGCUAUAAUAGGUAGAGCACAGGGGUUUUACUUGGCCAGCUCCAUAGAUGGUACUAGCCAAACCAUUGCAUUGACAGUAUUGUUACAUAGUGAUCAUGAUCACCAUGAUGUUGAAGACACUAUUAGCUUCUUUGGAGUUCAUCGGACAGCAUCACAUGAAUCACAAAUUGCAGUCGUCGGUGGGACCGGAAAGUAUGAGAACGCUAAUGGGUAUGCAACAGUUGAGACACUUCACGAAGAAGACCAGCAUACAUCAGACGGUGUGGAUACCAUCCUGCAUUUCAAUAUUUAUCUCUCUUAAUUGAUUGGCAACUGA